AUGUCCUCUUCCCUGUCGGCCGAAGAUGACGAUAUCUUCGAGCGCUUGCAGCAGCGCAAAGACCCUCAGGUGCUGGAGGAGCAGCAGGAGGCCGUGAAUGAGCGGAUGCGGGCUAUCUACCAGAAGGCUCAGACUCGUCUGGCAGAAAUGAUCGACCAAAACUCGACUCUACCUUGCACCAUCUCUUCGGUCCAGAUCCUGAAUGCCCCCCAUACCCGCCGAAGCUUCCUGGAGCGCAUCUUCAACCCACUCCUGAGUGCGAACCAGAGCCGACCCUACACAUUGUCCGAGGCAUUGCGGGAGAUCUCGGCACGGGCUGACAAACUUGGCCGUUUUGAUCUCUUUCAACAGCCAAUCUCAGUUUACUUGGACGAGUCACAGGUGGAUGGGUCGACCGGGCUGCGCAACAUCGAUGUCUUCUUGGCCGCACGGGAGAAGUCCCGCCCUACGGGAAUCUUUUUGUGGCGCAAUGUCUUUGGUGGUGCCGAGACUCUGAAUUUAAACGCUUCGCUGGGGACUCGAACGCGGUCUGCCUACCAAGCUGCAUUCGAGACUCCCAUUCUGAGUGACCCUGAUUUCCGGCUGGAAGUUGGCGGAGUUGCAAGCGCUACGCAGAAGUCUUGGGCGAGCCAUGAAGAGGUGGUCCGGGGAGGUUGGAGCAAACUUCGGUGGAUGUCCCAAUCUGGACAUCGCCAUGAGGUGGGCUAUACCGGUUUUUGGAGACAGAUGACCGGUCUUUCGGAGAAUGCGUCCCCUACUGUUCGCGCCGAUGCCGGCGAUAGCGUCAAGAGCAGUAUUUUCCACAAUUGGGUCAACGACCAACGGGACAACCCGCUGCUACCAUCCCGGGGUUACUACGCCAAGGCCUUCAAUGAAUUGGCCGGAUGGGGUCCACUGAAGGGCGAUGUGUCUUUUUGGAAAUCAGAAAUUGAAACGCAGGGCGCGAUCCCAAUCCCAAUCCCCGGCAUCAAGGGCGACAGCGGUGUCAGCUUCACCACCGGAUUCCGUGCGGGUCUUCUCUAUCCUCUUGGACUGGACUCAAGCCCUCGCCCGCAACUGUCUCGUGUUAAUGACCGCUUUCUCCUCGGAGGGCCUACCGAUGUCCGCGGGUUCCGUCUCUGCGGUCUUGGUCCUCGGGAGGGACCCGAUGCCCUCGGCGGUGACGUAUAUGCGGCGGGAAGUGCCAACCUACUGUUUCCACUUCCCCGAGUAGGAGCUGACAAGCCUGUGCGGAUUCAAGCGUUCCUGAACGGCGGUCGGUUGCUGCCGCUGCGCACGUCGCAAAAAGCCACGCCUACUAGCAGUGGGGAGGCGCGGGAUGCGAUGGUCUCGACUCUGUCGGAGCUGCAUAAUGGCCUGCCCAGCGUCGCAGCUGGUGUCGGGAUCGUCUACGCUCACCCGGUGGCACGAUUCGAGCUGAACUUCUCGCUGCCGCUAGUGCUACGGAAGGGCGAAGAGGGCCGCAAAGGCUUGCAGCUGGGCAUCGGCAUCAACUUCCUGUGA